CAUUUUUGAACCCAUUGACCUAGCUACUAACGGCUCCAUCGGCCUCGGUGAGGGAGGGGGGCGGGGUUACCGUGCACACCUUACGGCCAGUCUCCGCCCUUCCUCUACCUCUUCACUCAGAUAAUGUUGUUGGCACUGUAGUACUUGGCACAGCAUCCUGUUUUUGUGUGCCACGCAGAAAGAAAAAAAAAAAAACCCACAAAGCUAACAAAGCAUCCCAUUUUGGGAUUUAAACGAUGGCAGACAGUUGAAACCUGCCCACCAACCACUCAACGUUUACAGGAUAUCUUUUCAGAUUCUCUCUGCGUCCUCACCUGAUCAAAACACUGUGUCUGUCUCUAAACCUGCAGGCUGCCACUCUUCUCCUCACAUGCUGCAUGAUCUGCAUGGUAACAUGAUGGAGGUGGCCGGUCCCUGGACGGAAGUAUUCGAGGGCUCGGAGAUGACGGAGACGUCUGGAGGAGCAGAGACGUUGUUGGGGAGCUCCACUCUGACUCUGGCUCCUCUGGUAACCGACUCUCCAUCCGUACGGCGCUCCCAGCCCAUCAUGAUCACCUUGAACAGGGCGAAAGGCGCCGAGUCGUUCUCUUCCUCUGUCCCGGCGAUCCCCAACCCGUUUCCAGAGCUGUGCAGCCCCUCCAAGUCUCCAGUGCUCAUCAGUUCACUUCCUCUGCCGGCGACUAACAAACAUUUGAUAAAGGUGUACGGAGAGGACAGCCACAGCCGCUCGGUGUGGGUUUCUCGGGCAGCGACAGCCAGAGAGGUGUGCCACAUGUUGGUCCAGACGGCUCACUGCAGCGACCAGGAGAACUGGGCUCUCCUGGAGCUCCACCCCACCCUGGGCCUAGAGAGAUGUCUGGAGGACCACGAGGUCGUGCUGGAGGUUCAGGCGACCUGGUCUCUGAAAGGCGACACGAGGUUCGUUUUCUGCAAAAACUACGCCAAGUACGAGUUCUUCAGGAAACCAAUGCUCUUCUUCCCAGAGUGCAUGAUCUCCGACAGCGCAGAUGUCAGCAAGGGGAUGACAUCGUCAGAGCUCAUUAAGAACCUGCUGAAGUCUGGGACGUGUCCAGAGAUUCAGGGCUUCCUGCAGGUCAAAGAGUCCAGUCGUAAAGCCUGGAAGAAGGUCUACUUUUUCCUCCGCCGCUCCGGACUCUACUGCUCCACCAAAGGCUCCUCCAAGGAGCCUCGCCACCUGCAGUAUGUGGCUGAUCUGGAUGAUUUGAACGUGUACACUGUGGUGAACAGCCGUAAACUGUACGGCGCACCUGCAGACUUCACCUUCUGCAUCAAGCCUUUCAGAAAUCCCAUCCGUACUCAGGACCUGAAGAUCCUGUGUGCCGAGAACGAACAGAUACGAACGUGUUGGACGUCCGCUUUCAGACUGUUCAAGUACGGGAAGCAGCUUCAGUGCAACUACCAGUUAUCGACGUCGGCCCCGCGGAGCCUGGAAGGAACCAAACUCCCAGAUGACAAAUCAAAGUCGGAGGCGAGCCUGGUGGCCAUGGACUUCUCAGGGAAGGCCGGCGGUCGGGUCAUCGAGAACCCGACGGAGGCCCAGAGCGCCGAGAGGGAGGAGGGACAAGCCUGGAGGAGGAGAGAAGCCCUGAGGUGCAGUCUCCCCAACGUAAACUCUGGCGCCAGGCCGUCCUCCAUCCACAAGACCCAGCCGUGGUUUCACGGUGGUGUGUCCAGAAAGGAAACGCAGAGACUGAUAGAAAAGCAGGGCCUGGUCGAUGGGAUGUUCCUGAUCCGUGAGAGCCAGCAGCAUGCGCAGUGCUUUGUCCUCUCGCUGUGUUACAAGCUGAAGACCAAACAUUACCUGGUAAUCCCUUGUGAGGAUGGAGGCAGGAAGUACUUCACCAUGGACGACGGGCUGACUCUCUUCAUCGACCUCCUGCAGCUGGUGGAGUUCCACCAAAUCAACAAGGGCAUCCUUCCUGUCUGCCUCAAGCACCCCUGCGUCUGUGUAGCACUAUGAAUCAGUUUGUUGAUCCUUUAACGUAACCUCUGCUCCCGGCCCAGAAUCAGACACCUUCAGUCCACGUCUGAAGUCUUCGUCAGUCGUCAUCAGACAGUUCUGGUAUCCAUGAAGCACAGUUGAUAAAGAGGAUGACUGGAUGCCGACUGUGGCCGAGCAGUGCAAAGUGUAGUCUGUGUGAUAAUGUUAUCAGGGUGGUAAGACGUGGACUCCUGGGAAGCUUUGAAGCAUAUUGUCCUCCCCCUCCUCCUCUUUGUUGUUUUUAAUUAUUCCGACUACGUGUGCAGCUCCAGACAGCGGUUGGUUUUAUUUUUUAAUUAAUGAGCUGCCGUCCCUGUGGUGACGGCUUAAUUGGCCAUGUCGGACAGACUUUUAGCGCACUUUGAUUCAGAUCCAUACAGCCGUGAUGAGAGACGGAGGAGGGGCAGGGGGAGGAGGGGCAGGGGGAGGAGGGGCAGUGGGAGGAGGGGCAGCAGGAGGAGGACGUGUUUGAUUGUGACUUCACCAGAUUUCACUGAAGAACUGAGCGACUGUGGCCACCAGGGGGCGCUCUGAGUCAAAGCUCAAAACAGGAACCCAUUUGUUUUUUUCAGCUGUGUAAUGCAAGUCAAUUAACACAUGUAUUUUGUUAUUAACAUUGUGAUAUUAUAAACAUGCCCCAGGUUGCAAUCAUGUAGCAUGAAGAAAGUCUCACUCCUCUGACUGUGGGAUGUUUUGUACAUUAACGUUCUUAUUUGUGCCUUCGUUUCCAAUCUCAUAUGCUAAUUAGAACAAACUUUAAGGACUAUCGCCGUAACUUCCAUUGCUAUAUUUGCACAAUUGACGGGGAAGGGCAUUUUCUUGUGAUGUUUAAACAACCAAAUAUAUAACAUGAACAGGUUUUAUGAGGGUACAGGAACACAGAAUACUAUAUAUAUUUUUUUUUAUCUUGGCACUCGCUAAGCUGCUGUGGAAGACCAAAAGAUGUGGUUAAAGCUCUGGAAAAAGCUAGUAAGCAGACCUCAAGUUAAGAGUUUUUGAUAACGCUUUAUUUUACAGAUCAUUUUCCUUCUAUUUUCACCGGACGUUUUCUGGUAAUUUCAAAGUAAUUAUAGCUGUAAGGGAGGCAUCAUAACCUUCAGCUGGAGUCUGUAGACAAACAAAUAUAGAAUAAAGUCUCCAAUUAUAAAAAAAAAUGUUCCUAUAAUUAGUUCCAACAUACAUAUUUAAUUCAAGGUAACUAAAAAUCAAGCGUUUCUGACCCUUUUGUUAUUGGUGGUUGUGUGAAAAUGAUUUCUUUUAAUUUGAAUAUUUGCACUUAUACUUGUUUGCUUUUUAUUACGAAGAUCCAUUUCUUAAAAAAUGAAAUAUAUUGUCAUUAUUCAUUCAGUCCAGAGUUUACACGUUUUCAUAUUAAACAGAUUUUCUGAAAUUUAAAA